CCACACGCUUUAACAAAACUAAAUAGAGAAACCGCCCCGCGGUCCCGCGGCCGGGAGACCCCGGGGGGCGGUGGGGGGGGGAGGAGACAGACAGAGAGCGGCGGCGGCUCUAUCCCCGUCUCCCGGUGUCACACUCCCCCCCCGCCCGGGCCCGGGCCCCCGCCCGCGAUGGAGGUGAUCGAAGGAUGCCGCCUCCCCGUCCUCCGGAGGAACCAGGAGAAUGAGGACGAGUGGCCUCUCGCUGAAAUCCUCAGCGUUAAAGACAUCAGCGGGCGAAAGGUGUUCUAUGUCCAUUACAUAGACUUUAACAAGCGUCUGGACGAGUGGGUGACUCCAGAAAGGUUGGAUCUAAAGAAAAUCCAGUUCCCGAAAAAGGAAGCUAAGACUCCAACUAAGAAUGGCCUCCCAGGAUCCAGGCCGAGCUCUCCGGAGAGAGAUCUGAAGAAGACACUCGAUCUUUCACUGCACACAUCAGCAGCAGGGAUUGGCAAAACCAUUCCAACACCGGGCUUGCCUUACUUAGCCUCAAGUGCUAGUUUACAAAGGGUCUCUGUCGUGAAGAUACCAGACAGGACCAACAGCAUCGAAAACGUCACAAAAAAUUUGUUAUCCGUGAGUUGCCUUUAUACUUGUUUGACCGCUUGCUGGUGAUUUGAGUCAGUUGUGAUGCAAUUUAACCCCUUUC